CCGUUUCGGGGCAGGGCCCGGCCCCGUCUGGCUGGAUGGGCUCAGGUGCAUUGGCAACGAAACCAACAUCGCGCAGUGCCCAGGCAUCACCUGGGGGCCGCACACCUGUGACCACCUGGAGCACGCCGGGGUCAUGUGCUCAGGUGCCCCCCCAGCAGGUAACUCCAGCUCAGGUGAGGUGAGGUUGGUGGAGGGGCCUCACCUGUGCAUGGGACGUGUCGAGGUGCUCCACGACGGCCAAUGGGGGACGGUCUGUGAUGACAACUGGGACCUGAAGGAGGCUCAGGUGGUCUGUCGCCAGUUGGGCUGUGGGGAGGCCCAGGCCGCCCACGGCCAUGCCCACUUUGGGCGGGGGACGGGGCCCAUCUGGCUGGACGACGUCACCUGCAUGGGAGAGGAGACACACCUGGCGCAGUGCCACGCCCGGCCCUGGGGGAAGAACAACUGCCACCACGGCGAGGACGCAGGCGUGGUGUGCUCAGGUGCCAACGUGACGGAGGAGCAGCCCCAGGUGCGCCUGGCAGGCGGCCCCACCCCCUGCGCAGGGCGGGUGGAGGUGCUGCACGAGCACAGGUGGGGCACGGUCUGCGACGACAGUUGGGACCUACAGGACGCGCGGGUCACCUGCCGCCAGGUGGGCUGCGGGGAUGCUGUGGCUGCCCCUGGCCACGCCCGCUUUGGGGAAGGGGCGGGGCCCAUCCUGCUGGACCAGGUGGGCUGCACAGGUGAGGAAAACACCUUGGCCGAGUGCGACCUUGGCGCCUGGGGGGUUCACAACUGCAACCACGAGGAGGACGCAGGUGUGGUGUGCACAGGUCCCACCCCCCUGCAGGUGCGGCUGCGGGAUGGCCCCGGGCCCUGCGCGGGGCAGGUGCAGGUGCUGCACAACCACACCUGGCUGGGCGUGUGCGGCCACACCUGGAGCCUGCUGGAGGCACAGGUGGUGUGCAGGGAGCUGGGCUGCGGCCCCGCCCUCAGCGCACCUGUCAGGGCUCACCCGGCCCCAGGGACGAUGAUGGAGGGUCUCACCUGUCGGGGCUCUGAGACGCUGCUCCUGGAGUGCCUGAGGGAGGGGUCAGGGCCGGGCACCUGCCACGCAGGUGGGGCCGCAGGUGUGGUGUGCACCAUGCCCAAAGGUACGCCCCCAACCUGUGUACCCCUGGUGGCCCUGCUGGCGCUGAUGACGUCACUCAGUGGGGUCCUGCUCUGGCUCACCUUGAGGACCAGGUGUCUGGGAGCAGCCCCAGGUCACCUGGGGUCCAUUUACCUGCCCAGGAGGGUCCCCUCCGAGGAGAUGGAGACACUGCAGCUCAUCAAGGACGAUGCCCCCUGACCUCACCUGUCACCUGCUACCCCCCAAAACACACCUGGGGGAGCUCAGGUGUCCCCACACACAUGAGGCAGGUGUGGGGGGGGAAAGCAAGUGGGAAAAUGAGGUGGAAAUUAAUAAAAUUGGGGGUUUCAACCA